AUGCGCAUCUUCAAAAACCCAGCACCUCCACCAGCUGACGACCCGGCGACGCCGUCUUCCAGCGAUGCGCCCAACAACGAUAAUGCCAAAGAUAACGCCAUUCAUCAGGAAGUCAUUUCUCCCACGUCCACUGCAACCGCGAGCAAAUGGAAGUUCUCACGCGGUGAUGGAGAUACUGCCGCGGCGCUGUUUAGCGAGCCCGGUGAGAUACACGAGCCAUACGACCCGGAGGAAGAGAAACGCCUGGUGCGCAAAAUCGAUUACAUGAUCCUGCCGUACCUGGCCGUCUGCUAUGCCUUUUUCUACAUUGACAAGACUACCUUGUCCUAUGCGGCCAUCUUUGGAAUCAGGGAGGAUCUGAACUUGGUGGGGACGCAGUACAACUGGCUCUCCAGUAUUUUCUACUUCGGUUUCCUGGCCUGGGCCUUCCCGACCAACUUCAUGUUGCAGAGAUUCCCUGUGGGAAAAUACCUUGGCUUCAACAUCUUCCUCUGGGGCGUGCUUUUGAUGGCUCAGGCGGGCGCAAAUAACUUCACAACUUUGGCAGUCCUUCGGGCCCUUUCAGGAGCCGCCGAAGCCUGCGCCGACCCCGCUUUCAUGCUGAUUACAUGCAUGUGGUAUACACGUCGUCAACAACCAGUUCGGAUUGGUCUAUGGUACACUGCAAACGGCUUCGGCAUUGCACUGGGUGGUCUCCUUGGUUACGGCAUCGGACAGAUUAGGGGCGCCCUGCCAUCGUGGAACGCCUGGGGAAUCGUCAUGUUCAUCUUCCUGCCGGACAGCCCCGUCACCGCGCCCAUGCUCAGCCAGCGCGAGAAGCGCCUGGCCGUCGAGCGGCUCCGCGAAAACCAAACGGGCGUCGAAAACAAGCACUUCAAAGCGUACCAAGUGGCCGAAGCCUUCAAAGACCCCAAGACGUACAUCUUCUUCGUCAUCGGCCUGAUCGCCAACACGCCCAACGGCGGCAUCUCCAACUUCGGCACCAUAAUCAUCAAGGGCUUCGGCUACUCGACCCUAGUAACAACGCUGCUGCAGAUGCCGUACGGCGCCCUGAUCGCGCUGAGCAUCCUGUCCUGCGUCUACCUGAACGACUACUACGCCGCCAAGCUGAAGCGCAACACGCGCUGCUGGUUCAUCAUCCUCUACCUGCUCCCCAACAUCGCCGGCACCUUCGGCCUGCGCUACGUGCCGCAGGAGCACCACGUCGGCCGCUUGUGGUGCUACUACCUCACCGGCCCGUACAACGCCGCCUUUGUCCUCAUCCUCUCCAUCACCAUUGGCAACACCGCUGGCCACACCAAGAAGGUCGUUACGAACGCCUGUCUUUUCUUGGGCUACUGCGCGGGAAACAUCGCCGGCCCGUUCUUCUUCAAGACGGAGCAGCAGCCGACUUAUCCGCUGGGAAUAUGGGCCAUGAUUGUCUGCCACCUACUUGAAGUGGUGUUGAUUCUGAUCCUUCGGACGAUGCUGAGCUUGGAGAACAAGAGGCGGGACCGGAAAUUUGGGGAGGGCACGGCGGCGGCGGACUUGGAUGCCACUGCGUUUGGUGAUCUGACGGACUGGGAGAAUGAAAACUUCAGAUAUGUGUACUGA